UUUCAACAAGAAAGCGAGCAGAUAACGAUGUAUAGCACAGUCCCCAGCCGGAGCAACCAUUCCCUUCCCAAAAGCACAAUAAUGGCGUCCGCCUCCGCCGCCCCCUCCCUCGCCUUCUCCGUCUCUCUCCGACCACCCACCUCCAAAAUCCCCAUCCUACCCCCAAUCCAAACCCAAAACCCCCCAAAAACCAACCUUCUCAGAAUCCGCUCCCAGUUCCACCGCCCCCUCGAAGAAAUCUACAACGUCCGCGUCGAGCGCGGAGUCUCCAAAGACCGCCUCAAAGAUCUCGGCGUCGGCCGGUGGUCGACUUGGAGAACCGGCAAGUGCCAGUUGCCGUGGGACUGGCACGUGGACCAGCUGGUCUACGUGGUCAGCGGCGAGGUCAGGGUCGUGCCCGAGGGGGCCAAGACCGGGGAAAAUUACAUGAGGUUUGUCGCCGGCGAUUUGGUUCGGUACCCGAAAUGGUUCGAGGCCGAUUUGUUCUUUGACGGGCCGUACGAGGAGAAGUAUCGGUUUCUUGCUUAUGGUGAUGAUUAAUAAGGACGAACAUGUAAAAGUUCAGAGUGGAAUAUACACAGAUCUUGCGUGGAAAUCUCAACGGUAUAGAAAGAUGAAUUACAUGAUGGAGUACCAGCAGAAAUCUCAAUGGUAUAAAAUGAUGAAUUACUUGAUGGAGUCCCAAUGGAAUCACCACGAUUUAAAUGUUUUACUAGAAUUCUUGUGAAUUUUGUUUCGACCUAUGGUUUGUUAGGGAUUUUUGAUUCGUGUAACCUAAGAUCUAAUGGAUUUUUGAUUCGUGUAACCUAAGAUCUAAUGUGUAACAUAGUUGCUACUUGAACGUAAGUUGAUCCCUCAAUUUGCAGAUGAUAGAGCUCGGCUGAAUUUACUUCUACUUUUAUGA